GAAAACAAAUGUUUUUUUAUGCGGCAACAAGCAAAAUAAGGAUUGCAUUUACUGUAACAUGACAGAAAAAAAGCGUUUUGUCUGCGUUAACUGCGGGCACAGUGUCAAAGAACUAUUCAAGAAAUACAGCAAUACUCUGAAGACCACCCAAUGCGAUAAAUGUCAGCAAACCACUGAUAAAUACAUAGAGUUUGAGGAGUUUAUCAUAUUAAUAGAUGCACUUCUGUUGGACUCGUGCGCCUUCCGCCACAUAAUAUACAAUGGAGACUUUAAGCUGUAUUGGAAGGUUUCGCUGGUGGUGCUGCUCCUGGAAUCCUUUGCUCUGUGUCGCCAGAAGAUCCCCGAUCCUCCCAAUGCCUCGUUACAUGUCCAUGAAAAGGGUUUCUACACAUACACACUUCAAAAUAUGGGAGAUUACCUCUUCAUGACAUUAUUGCUGCUGAUAAUUACAGCCACUCUCAGUAUCGAUUGGAUACAGAAAAUGGGUCUUCGUAGAUUCACUUUAGUUAUCUUCAAGGUGGUGCUGAUUUCCAACCUAUCCAAGUUCUUCCUCCUACCCAUUUUGGUGUGGCGUAAUAACACAACCGUUUUCGGUCGAAGUUUGCACCAUGUCCUGGUCAUGGGCCAUCACGUAUGCUCCCUGGUUCUCGCCUACGAGGCUGUCGGAGCCACUAGGAAGAACCUUCGAUGGUGGGCUCUAACAUUGGUAGUUCUGGCUUUCGUCUUCAAGGAAACUGCUAGACAGUUUGUGUCACUUGUGGUGGAAGAGCAUUUUCCUUAAACGAGAAUGCUUAAUCAAUAAUGUAUAUAAGGCUGAAAAUAGAACGAUGUUAUUGCCAAAUAAAGAAAUAACUGCAUUGA